GCGGGUUCGGGGUUCAACGCGGAGGUGCUGUCGCGGGGGCCGUCCAGAGGCAGCCUUCUCGGGGCCCUCUUCGGCCCCUGUGGGCGCCCGUCGGGCCGUCUUUGGUUGGUCUCGGGCGGUGUUCGGGCUAUCUCUGGCCUGCUGCCGUGGGUAGGGAGCGAAAAUCAAGGAACACAACGCCCAAUCCACCGAUCCGUUGGUAAUGAAGGCGGGCCGACGACUCGCAUCGACCAGCCACACGGCAUACCGAAGCCAAAUGGAACAUGGGAUGGACGAGAAAUAUCCAAUGAUGCCAGGAGGCCUCUGGAGAUCACCAGACGGUGCGACCAAAAAUAAUCGCCCAUCGCCCAUCGACGGGCGCUGUCUGUGCGAUUUCGACACCUCGGAGCAGCUCUUGCCCAUGCCCCACGGCCAGCGAAGAACUGAAUCGCGGCCAGAAGGUACUCACGGAGACGGGGCCGACUAUUAUGUGGUUCCCUUCGUACUUGAAGGCGACAUCCCACAAAUAAUUUCGACCACCCAGAAAAUGGUCAAAUGAGUGUCUGCCAGGGCCCGACACGUGAAAACCCUGGAGUUUGGGGGUGUUUUUUUGGUGCUCGAAAUUCACCAUGGUGAUCAAGGCCAAAGUAGGUUGGAACAUCGUAAGCCGACUACACAACUGAAUUCGUCUUCGCUAUUUGAUUGGUUCGCCGAAGCUACAACAAUGUUAUGAAUCUGUCUGUAGAUUAUAAGGAGAUCAUGGGCUAAAUCAACUCUGUAAUAGAGUUCCGACUUGGAUGUCGUGAAGAAACAUGUCGAAUAUCUAGGGGGAGUGGAAACGGAUGGCACUCAACGCUGGUCCGUCUCGUCGUCCAUCGGAUCUGUUGCACGGCUGUUGCCAUGUUGUUGCAUCUUGGUCAUUGAACAACCUGAAAUGCAGGCCUGCGCCACCGCGCAAUCAUCAAACAGCAACGCUGGCCGCGUGCCAUCCCUCCGCCCUAGCGGACCUGAGGGAAGCCUGAAGGGCUGGCCACGUGUCACCCCAAGGUCUGGCUGGGGAGGCUGCUGCGGCCAAGCCUUGGUGGGCGGGGGGUUCUAAGAGAACUGCGUAUUGUUGGAAGCCGAAUUCGACUUCAACAAGUUCGUCAGCGUAUACUGCGCGUUUUUGUUCGGACACCGCAGGCCGUGUAUGCGCGAUCGCUAUCUGGGCCAAGCGCGCUCGACCAAGCACUCUCCGACGCAGGCGCAGACGCGUCAAACGAGAAUGUGUUGUACGAGCGCCGCUUCAAUUGCUGAAAAAACUGGCGCAUCGGAACCAUCUCUCCUCGCUGCCCUGCGAGAGCCCCCAGCAAAGUGUCACCAUGCAAUCGUUGGAAAAACGGUAUUGAUCGGCGUCCAGCUGUAACGUUACCGGGGAAACAUACACGAUGGAACAGAGGCCAAAGGAAAGACGACUGAUUGCGAUCCGUUGUCUUCCCAGCCCCGAAAAGUCGGGCUGCAACUUCUCCAACGUACACAAUCCAGACUGUCGAUCGCGUAUGGCCCUCCAUGCGUUGCCAUUCCCACUGCCUCACUGGCUUCGCAAGUCUGGUUCGAUCAGACGUCGCACGGGUUGGCUGGAGUGCUUCGAGGCCAGCUGCAGCAACUAGUGGACUAACAGCCAUCAUACCAACAUCUGCAUGAGGAUGCAUUGGACAUUCACCAGGCGCAGAAUGGUAUUGGAUCACUCGAAAGUAGUCAUCUGACAGUGACCCACGACCUAACCGUCCCCUUGAAUGUCCAAAGAUGUGCUCGAAGGCGUCUGCCUGCAUGCGAUCAAGGUUUGCCAUGAGCAUGUCGAAAGCGGAUAGACUGACGUUCCUGUAGAGCUGAAACAACUCAAAAGCGGCGUCAUCAAACUCGCUGGUGGCUGUUCCGUCUGGAAACUGAAUCUUUCCGUUCUCAGAUCGGACCCGGACCUGAAUAUGUUCGCGGCGCGAUCCGUCACUAAUUUUCUCCCAGCCGUGAAAAUAGCCCGACUUUCGAUCACGAUACACUGCGGCCUGCUUUUCCUGUAGGGUCGAUUGGAAGAUCUUCGUGGAGAGUUCCAACACUUUCUCGGCAACGAUUCCCCAAGCUUCUGGCACCUCAACCAACACUGCACCCCGACGAUUCAAUAACUUGUUGAAAGAACUUAGAUGCUAGAGCUGUCCGUUGCUUCUUUGAAGCCGCAGCCCAAAACACAGACAGCGAAAGCACUUCUGGAGCUACUGAUUCCCAAGUGUCCUCGACAAGCUCCAAGUCCUGGCCUGCGAAAACUUGCGGUUUCUGGACCAACCACUGUAGAGGUAGAACCGCAGAACCUUCACGAAUCCCAAACAGGCCUCGCAAAUCUGGGAACUCUUUCGCAACGAUUGACACGAUUCUUUCCAGAUCGCAACCGCGAGAGGGCACCUCGAAGCAAGACCGCUUCUGCCUGAACUUCAAACAGACUUGCACGAAUGGGUUAGACGGAGAAGCACGCACCUCAGACACGAUGCAUUGCAAGAAACUCAAGAACCGCAGAAACAUACCUGAGCAAUUCAGCAACAUACUUUCCUUGGGAAAACGUCCACCCUCGAACUGAAUGAAAACACUUGAGCUCGCAUGGCUUGAUGCAGAGGCUACAGACUGGUGCACGCUAACAUGGAUUACGGAUCAGUGGAUCUAGCGCGUGGGCACCAGCCAGAUCCACAGAUCGGGAAGAAACAUGACAGCAACACCACCUGAAUUGGCGAAGGAGCGCGUACAUGUUGUACGAAAAAUGGCCCGUCGCGAAC